AUGCAACCGGUGGGAGGCCGGGCCGGCUGGGGCUGGGGCUCGGGCCGUUUCUCCGCGGGUCCCUGGCGGCGAGCGCGGACGGCCCGGAGGCGGCGGCUCUGAGCUGGCAGGCGGAGGGUUGUCUCCCGCGCCCGCCUGCCCGGCGCGGUCCGAGGAUGCGGGGGGGCGAUGCCCGGGGCCAGGGACGCGCUCUGUCACCAGGCGCUGCAGCUGCUGGCCGAGCUCUGUGCCCGCGGGGCCCUGGAGCACGACAGCUGCCAGGAAUUCAUCUACCACCUGCGGGACCGCGCCAGACCCCGGCUCCGCGACCCAGAUAUCUCGGUGAGCCUGCUGACCCUUCUGGUCACCGCGUGUGGCCUCGCUCUCUUUGGUGUGUCUCUCUUCGUGUCUUGGAAACUCUGCUGGGUUCCGUGGCGAGAACGAGGCCUGUUCUCUGGUAGCAAAGACAACAACCAGGAGCCUCUUAACUAUACGGACACAGACAUCAAUGAGCAGGAGAACAGUGAGGGCUUCCUAGACCCUCCCAGCCCCUCCUCCAUGAAGAUCAGCCACACCUCCCCGGACAUCCCCCUCUCCACCCAGACGGGAGCCCAGGAGAACUGUGCCCACAGCGUCCGUGUGAAGCGCCAAGUCACAGAGCCAACCUCGUCGACUCGGCAUAAUUCAAUCCGAGGACAACUCAACCUGUCGAACCCGGACUUCAAUAUCCAGCAACUGCAAAAACAAGAACAGCUGGCCGGGAUCGGCCGCAUUAAACCGGAGUUAUACAAGCAGAGGUCACUGGACAGCGAUGAUGGGAGAAGGAGUAACAGCAAAGCCUGUGGGAAACUGAACUUUAUUUUAAAAUAUGACUGUGACCUAGAGCAGCUCAUAGUGAAGAUUCACAAAGCCGUCAAUUUGCCCGCCAAGGACUUUUCUGGGACCUCAGAUCCUUACGUCAAGAUCUAUUUGCUUCCGGAUCGGAAAACAAAACACCAGACCAAAGUUCACAGGAAGACCCUGAACCCUGUGUUUGACGAAGUGUUUCUGUUUCCGGUUCCCUACAACGACCUUGAGGCCCGGAAACUGCACUUCUCUGUGUAUGACUUUGACAGGUUCUCCCGCCACGACCUAAUCGGCCAGGUGGUGGUGGACCACUUCUUAGACUUGGCUGAUUUCCCCAGGGAGUGCAUCCUUUGGAAGGACAUCGAAUAUGUCACCAACGACAACGUGGAUCUUGGCGAGCUGAUGUUUUCCCUCUGCUACCUUCCCACGGCUGGCAGGCUGACCAUCACUGUUAUAAAAGCAAGGAAUUUAAAGGCGAUGGACAUAACAGGAGCAUCAGAUCCCUACGUGAAAGUCUCCAUGAUGUGUGACGGCAGGCGGCUGAAGAAGAGGAAAACGUCCACCAAGAGGAACACCCUGAAUCCUGUUUACAACGAAGCCAUAGUCUUUGACGUCCCCCCCGAGAGCAUUGACCAAAUCCACUUGUCCAUAGCGGUCAUGGACUACGACCGUAUAGGUCACAAUGAGAUCAUCGGCGUGUGUCAAGUAGGCAACACAGCUGAGAGGCUGGGCAGAGACCACUGGAGUGAAAUGUUGUCCUACCCUCGGAAGCCCAUCGCACACUGGCAUUCCCUGGUGGAGCUCCUGGUGAGAGUCUCAAAGGCUUCGUCUGGGGGCUCAUUAAAUCACCUGCGCCUGGUGCUAGCGGUGGCCGGUGGCCCUUAG